AUGCUACACGCGGUUUACGUUUCUCAAGUGGAUGAUGUAUUAUCUCGAACGAGCGCGCAAGCGAACUUGUUCGAUCCGUGCUCGUGGAGAGCGACAGCGUCUGAUGUGCCCAAACUAGAACACUCCCUUGACCUGACGCGACGUCUUUUGUCGGCGGCGAAAGUAUGUAUAGGUAGGAAAGAAACGGCGCUCCAACUUCAGGUAGAAAGGUGUGCACAUCAGAGCAAGGGGUCUCAACGAGCAUGGGCAACCCUCGAGAGCAUCCGCUCACAUCUAUCAACACAGGGAUCCCAAAGCUUGAAGGUGCCUGUAACAUGUCAUGAAAGUCCGCUAGACUAUCUUAAAAGCGUCGCUCGGUCUUAUGAAGAAGAGCUGAGGGCUUGCGAAUCGACAUUGGGUAAUUUGUUUCUCGUGACUCCGGCGGGUGAAGUGGAUUUGGCGAAACAGGACUUCACUUUAUAUUCGCUGCUGAGCGCUUUUGAACAAGCACUUUCAGCUACACAUGUAAAAUUACGCGAAGCUACGUGA